CAGCAUGCAAAUUACUGAGCAACUCCUCCAACACACCGCACACUGGUUAACUACACAGAGCGCGCGGCGCGGCGCGAGAGCAGGACACGGAGUCGCGCGUUCAUCAUAUUAUAGAGAGAGUGGACUAUAUAAAGAAGAAGAAGUGGGGUUUUUUUAUAACCUGCAACAUCGUUUGCAUCGUUCUCGAACCUGCAACUUAAUUAAUUCCUCUGAGGUUGCAGGAGGAGGAAGAGGAGGAGGACACUCCAUCAUCCUGGGACCCGGAGUGAAAGCUCUCAGCACUGCAAGGGAAUAAUUAGCAGCCUGGUGUCAAGACUCCAGAGAGGACAAGUGAGGACUGACUGUGAAGUUUCUUUAAAGGAAGUGUCUCCAAUGCGCACACUGAUGGACCAGUGACAUCUGGACCUGCAUCCCUUCUUGUUUCCACCAGUUUUAUAAAUGAUAUCUCUGAGCGAAAUGCUGCCCUGCAUCAUUUUCCUCGGCUUGUUUCUCACCGCGGCCCGGUCCCAAGAUAUCCACCCCUCCCAGGCAUCGUCGUCCUCCCUCAGCGAGUCUUGUGACUCCCUGUGCUCCUGCGAGGGGAAAGAUGGCAUCCUUCAUCUCAACUGCGAGCAGAGGAACAUCAGCAAAAUCUCCCAAAUCAAAGUCCCGUCAGGAGUGCCCUUCCACCUGAACCUUUACAAAAAUGACUUGGUGGAGCUGCGCGCCGAGGAAAUGGAAGGGCUUAAGGGCGCCCUUUCGCUGCACAUCGGGGGUAAUAGCAUUCAAGAGCUGGAACCGGGGGUCUUUAGCACUCUCGGCUCGCUGAAAAAACUCCACAUAAAUAGCAAUUUCCUCGUCACUCUGAAAGAGGACACCUUUCAAGGCCUGGUGAAUUUGGAGUUUCUCCAAGCGGACACGAAUUUCAUUCGGGUCAUCGAGCCCGGGGCGUUCAACAAACUGAUCCGCCUCAAGGUCCUCAUCCUCAACGAUAAUUCCAUCGAGUUUUUACCCAACAACAUUUUCCGCUUCGUGCCCCUCACCCACCUGGAUCUACGCGGCAACAAGCUCCAGACGCUGCCGUAUGUCGGCUUUUUGGAGCACAUCGGGCGGAUAAUGGAGCUCCUCCUGGAGGACAACGACUGGGUGUGUGACUGUGAUAUUUUACAUUUAAAAAUCUGGAUGGAGAACAUGAGGGCGCAGUCGGCGAUCGGGGACGUGGUCUGCAGCACGCCGCAUCACCUUAAAGGCACCAUUCUGGCUAAAGUCAAGCGGGACGUUCUGUGUCCGUCCCACGCUGAUAUCAACCUGGAGGAGCCGUCGAAGUCACUGGAUAUGGUCGUCACCCCCUCGUCCAAAGUGUCUCAAAGCCCCAAGUUGAUCGACGCCAAAGACGACGCCAAGGCGCCGACGCCAUCUCACGUUCCUGGCAGCCCCUGUGUGGAGCACUGUUCUUGUCACAAUCACCCCGUGGCUGGCUUUUUGAUGCAUUGUCAGGACCGAGGGAUUCAGAAGGUGUCGGAUAUCGGGAUCCUCCAGCAGAGGCCCACUAAGCUGGUCAUGACGGGGAAUAUGAUUCAGAAACUCCUCAAGUACGAUUUUGUCACAUUCGACAGCUUGGAGUUGCUCAACUUGGCGAACAACAGGAUUGAUUACAUCGAUAAUGAAACUUUCCUCAGCCUGAGCAGUUUGAAGAAGCUGUAUUUGAACGGCAACCAAAUUGAAAAGCUGUUCUCCACAAUGUUUGUGGGGCUCCACAACCUUGAAUACCUGUAUCUGGAAUACAACGUUAUCAAAGAGAUUACCCCGGGCACAUUUAAUCCCCUGCCGAACCUGAAGCUGUUGUCAUUAAAUAACAACCUGCUCAGCUCCCUUCCCGCGCAGAUAUUUCGCAACGUGCCCCUCGCCAAAUUAAACCUGAGGAAAAAUCUACUUAUGCACCUGCCAGUGAGCAACGUGCUCGAUCAACUCGACGCGCUGGAGCAGAUUUAUUUAGAGGACAACCCCUGGGACUGCAGCUGUGACUUGCUCAGCCUCAAACAAUGGGUGGAGAAGCUCAGGAAGGACACGGUGGUGGGCUCCAUUUUGUGUCACACCCCGAAGAAAGUGAUGCAGUCCGAGCUGAGGAGCCUUCGCCACGAGGUGCUGUGCCCCGGGUUGGGCACUUACUACCCCGUGCCUCCAGGUGGCGAGGAGAGCGUGACCGCCACCCUGGGGCCCGACAGCGCCGUAAACGGUUUCUUCAGCUCCCUCACGGACACCGUCCCCCUCUCCGUGCUCAUCUUAAGCCUCCUCAUGUUCAUCCUCAUGAUUAUAUUCUGCGCAGCCGGACUGGUGGUGUUCGUGGUGCACCGGCGGCGCAGACGGGCGAAGAAGAAAGCAGCAGAGGAGCCGCAGAGAGAGAACAGCAGCAGCAGCCCCAUCCACUUGCACUACAGCAUGUACGGGCAGAAAACGACGCACCACACUCUGACGCAGCGAACGGGAUCCGCCACUCUCUACGAAGAGCGCUCGCACAGCCCCAUCGUGCAGAUCUGCCGCAACCCCACCUACUGCUCCCAGCAUAAGGAGCACGACGUCGACCUGGACUACGGCCUGGACGAGCCCGGCAUCAAGCACCACAUGUGCCGGAGCAUCAUGGAGAAGGAGAACACCUCGCCGCUCACGGGAAACCCCGGCACAAAGUUCCGCCCGAUGACCGGCGAGUGCCCCGCGGAGUUCGUCACCCUCGGCAACCCCAACUCCCUUUACAGGAACAUUCUGGAGCGGGAGAAGGAGCUGCAGCAGCUCGGGAUAACGGAGUACCUUCGGAAAAACAUGCCCCAGCUCCAGUCCAACGUGGACAUGCAGGUCCCGGGGCACCAGGAGGAGCUGAAGCUAAUGGAGACGAUUAUGUACUCGAGACCUCGCAAGGUCAUGCUCGAGCAAACUAAGAACGAGUACUUUGAACUCAAGGCUAACCUGCAUACUGAGCCGGACUACUUGGAGGUUCUGGAGCAUCAAACUGCAUUUAACUGAGCUUAUUAAGCAGAAAAACUAUAUAUAUAUAUAUUAUAUUUUCAACCAAGUGCCUUGUCCUGUUUGCCCUCCUGUACUUUUCCACAGUGUGAAAUAUAUAUCAUGGGCACAUCACUUUGAGUUUAAUCGUAGCACAGAAUGUAACUACUUUGUGUUACCUUUUAUCUGCUGACAGCCAUGUUAUGUAGCUGGUGAAAGGUGGCGUCAUUUUUGGCCAAAUGUAACUUAAAAAUCUUAAAAUCAGAUUAAAUAUCUCAUGGUGCGCUGCUGCCGAAUUGAUCCAGCUCACACCCUACCCCCCCAUGUGACAUCCUGAUCGGAUCAAGCAGAUGUUUGGAGUGAAUUUCAAUCACCACUUGACCCAGAAUUGCUGUUUAAUCAGACUCUAGAUAUGACCUGAUUACACCCUCUGUCAACACGAGCCAGCUGGAACGCUCAUUGUGCCGUAGAGUCAGCAAAAAAUGCCAACAAGUACAUCGGAAAAACAGCGAUAGGAUCGACCCGCUGCACAGUCGUGGGUCCUUUAUUUAUUUUUAUAUAUAUCACAGAAAAGGAUGUUUUUAUUUUCUCUCAAUCAGUAAAUACAGCACUUAAAGUAUAUUAUACACAACUGUAAUCUUGUAAAAAAAAAAAAAAUGCAUUGCACUAAUCAAAUGCCAUAAGAUGGUGCAUGACAAUCAACAGAGUCCUGCUGAAUUUUUUUUUUUUUUCUGCCAGAAAAAAUGAGCCACAAAUGUUUGUAUGUGUGAGCGUGUGUUUGUUUCAUGUCACUAUUUUACGACGAUGAGUCAAAACAGCAUUUCGGAACUCCGCUCCGCUCCGAUCCGUCCUCGUGGGCUGAUUUUGGAUCUGUUUUGAACUGAUUAGAGGCGGAGGGAAUAUUAACAACCUGCCCCGACUGACUUCAGCCAACAUAAAAGCAAUGGACUGACAUUUGCAAAAAUGUGGACGUUUGUCAGAAAUUUGCACUCCAUUCAUACUCUUCAAAAAACGGUUCAUGUAAGCACACACUCUGUAGCUUUUCUACUCAACUAGAUUGAAUUAUUUAUUCUGUAUAUUUUGUAUAUACUUCCGUUCCAUUAUAUCUUUGUUUUUGGUGUGCCUUCAGUGCUGUACAGAAUAUAAACAGAAGCUGUAACUGAUAAAUAAAGAGUUGCAAUAUUA